AUGGAUGUUCCGGCACAAUCAGUCCAGCGCACGGUCCGGCCUGAGGUCAAGCAAGAGGACUGCAACGUCGAGGUGGAGCUGGACGUGAGCGGAGACACGGCCGACGAUGUUGUUGUCACUUCAACGCAGGAAGCGAGCUCGUCUUUUGAGCAGCCGCGAGUCAAACGGUUGAGACGUUACCCAGCCAGAUACCUACAAGAUAAUGUGGAAUACCACGAUGAUAACUACGAUCUUGAGAUGGAAUUGGAUCACGAGGUGCGGAUGAUCAGCAGAGAAGGACCUCCACAGCCCCAGAAACCGUCAGUAUUGUUUGGAGUUGGAUUUUUUAUUUUUAGUGUACAAAAGUAUCAAGUUGAGCGAUAUCUUUGGUUGAUUGUAUGUUUUUUGGAUUUUAAAUAAUUAAUUUCAGGUAUAUUCGUUCUAAAACCGAAUACGGCGAUUAUGGGCUGGUCGAGUUUAAAUUUGAUUCAUCACAAAGAAAGCGUCACGUAAGUUUUAUAUUUUUUAUGAGUUUUUGGUUUUUAGAGUUUUACGAGGGCUUUUUAUAGCAAAUCUUAUACAUCAAUAUCUUUUGGGGAAAGGAAGUUUUAUUUUUUAUUAAUGAGAAUUUAAUCGCGUAUUUUACAUAUAUUUUCACUUUUGGGAGUAAUGCUAAUCUUAAUUUUUUUAAACUAUGUUAUACUUUUUUUAAUUAUGUUUUCAUUUGAAAUCUAAAAAAAGAUAUAGUUUUUUUACAAAAACAAUACCUUUAGGUUAUCGUUCACAACUCAGUCAAGUACCCAGGUCGCUCGUCCGAAUGGUACUUUGCGCGGAAGAACGCGACGACGUUGAAUGAAACCUACAGAUGUGUACAAUGUCGUCGUUAUCGAGAAGAGGUCAAGAGAGGAGUCAGACAAGAUGAAUAUAACAAUAGAGCCGAAGCUAGGAUCAUCGUUCAUCGCGACAGAUUCUUAACGGAUCCGGAUGAGCCUUUGGGAGAUCAUAUUUGUGACUUUGCGAAUAAUGAAAGAACAUUGAUGUAUCAGGUUUGGACAAAGCGAGCGUUAUCCAAGGCCAACUCGGAGUUGAGAUUGAAUCCAGCCAAGCCGAAGACCAAGUUCAAGGAUCUGGUGGAUGAUAUCAAGCACGGAAAUGAUUAUGGUAAGGUGUUUAUUUAUAAAAAUGUUCAAAAAAGAGUUUGUAAUAUUUAAAAGUAUAUUUUAAACGAAAAUAUGGGCGUUAUAAUAUAUAAAGAAAUGUUAUAUUGAGCAUGAAUACAUUAAAGUAUUUUGUAAUAACGUAAAAUUUAUUUUUUUUUGUUUAAAGCGAGAAGAAGGUUAUAAGAGUUUCUAAAUUAACUAUUUUCAGCUCAUUUGCCUCAAGAAGUACGAGAAAAGAUUGUCCACGAACUUAUGAACUCUGGCAAGGGUUUCGACUCAAGGAGAAGAUCGUUCGCUCGCAACAAUCGUCUAGCCCACGAGAACAUGGCCAAGAAGGAAGAGCUGAUGUACGGCGAUGAACAGGUGAUGCAGUUUUGUUGCGGAAUGCCCAGGUGCGACGCCCGGUUCGACACAGCCGAUGAGCGAGCUCGCCACAGGAACAGCGAACAUCCUGGUGUUUUGUUUAUUGACAGCAACGAAGAACUCAAAAAUUAUCCGUAUGUUUCUUUUUCCGCCAUUUUUGUACCUAAAAUGUGCUUUUUGAUGUUGUCAUCACGUUUUAAAACGUGGUGUCCACAAAAAACGCGAUUGUUUUUGUUUUUGUGGACAAUAGCUAAGGCGUCAGAGAUUAAGGGUUAAAAAUAUGAAUAUAAGAUCUAGUAGAACGAUCUUUUGUAGUAAAUAGUUGUUCUUAUAGGUAGCAUUGAACUUCUUUGAUGUUUUAAAUGUGGUUUUACAAGAAAAAGUUAAAAAUAUUGACUUUAGGGUGUAAAGUUGACAUUUUUUGCACUUUUUAACUUUUUUGUUUAUUGUUUAGAUGUCUAAAAACAAAAAAUGUUAAAAAAAGUAGCGUUGAAGUAUAUGUUGUAUUUUAUGAAUUAAAACCUAAUUUUCAGAGAAAUUGCAAGAAUGGGUGGACACAAUGUUAUACAAGGUGAUGAGAUUCUGGUAGCUGAUGAACAAGAAAUUGUUUCUGAAAGACCGUACAGACAAAGGGACAUUGAUGUGGGACAGUACGAGAUCAUUCAUGGAGAACAUGGCGAGGAAUUGAACGAGGAUCAGCAAAGAUACCUGGAACAGGUUGAUUUUCAUUUAUCGGUAAGGCAGUUUUCAAGUUUUGACAUUUUAAGGCAAUAUUAGGUAACAAUUGAUAUAAUUUACCUGAAAGCAAAUUGGAUUAUCAUUUUUUAAUAUUUUUUGUAAUUUAAACUUAAAAUAUUUGACCAUUCUAUUCCAGAGCAUCAAACAACAUGCCAUUGACAUUCUGAACGAGCCAGUUCGUCGAGAACAGGCCCUGGAACAACUCAACUCUUUAUUAACUGUUUUUGAAGAUUUGGUCGCUGCUCCAGUUCAGAAUCCUCCGAAUUCUGUGGCAGAAGUCUCCACUUCAAGCCUUAAUGAAGAAAAACCGGCUGUCACUGUGUCAUCCAGCGAGUAA